UGAUUUUUAAUUUGAGAUGUCCAAAACCCUAAUUUUCGUCACCCCUCUCCUGGUUUCGCCCAAAACGACCGCCUUCGUGAACGAAGCUAGGAAGGAAAAGACGGGAUCGCGGCUUACAGAGACUACCGAAACUCCAAUCUUCCUCAUCCUGUCUCUCAGCUCGUACCAGAAAUCAUUGAGGAAGGAUUUAGCUUAAAUCAUUCUUAAAACCGGCUACCAAACUGCCCCGAAGCAUUGACCGGAUCGGCGGCGUGUCAAGGUGAAGACUGGUGCUCGUUGGGGGCAGGCAUUGACGGGACCGACAGCUUUUGAGGAGAGCAUGCGUUUGUAAUUAGAGGCAUCGACGGUACCUGCGGCGUGUGAAGAGAAUAGUUCUUGAAGUUUGCUCACUGGUGAAAGUGCGCCGCGGAUCUAUCAAAAGCCCGGUUUUAGUAAUUCUGGGAUUUGAGCACUUAAUAGGGAAAAAGGAGCUUUGCCGACUUCAGUAAAGGCUUAAAAAAUAUAGCCUGUGAAAAGACUGCGUUUUCAAGAUGCAGCACGAUGACGUCAUAUGGGAUGUCAUUAGACACCACCACUGCAGCUUUAUGGCCAAGAUAACUACUGGAAAUUUCUGUCGGAAUCCAUAUAAUGUCACUGGAAUUUGCAAUCGGAGCUCAUGCCCUCUUGCAAAUAGUCGUUAUGCAACAAUUCGCGAUCAUGAUGGGGUGUUUUACUUGUACAUGAAAACCAUUGAAAGGGCUCAUAUGCCAAACAAGGAAAGAGUUAAGCUACACAGAAAUUAUGAGAAGGCUUUGGAGACUAUUGAUAAACAUUUGCAAUACUGGCCUAGAUUACUUGUACACAAAAUAAAACAGCGUCUCACCAAGAUGACACAAUAUCGUAUACGCAUGAGAAAGCUUCAGUUAAAAGUGAGGGAGAAAAUUAUGACAGUACCGAGGAAAGAGAAAAAGAGAGAAGCUAGAAGGGAAGAAAAGGCUGAAAGAGCUGCUUUGCUUGACAAGAGUAUUGAGAAAGAGUUGCUAGAGCGCUUAAAAAAAGGUGUUUAUGGUGAUAUUUAUAAUUACCCAGUUGAGGCUUACAACAAUGUCCUUGAAAUGGAAGGUCUACAGCCUGCUGUGGAAGAAGAAGAUGAGGAAGAACCUGAAAUAGAAUAUGUCGAAUGUUAUGAAGACCUUGAAGAUGAAGCGGAUAUGGAAGAUUUCGGCAGUUUUGCAGAGGAAGAUAACUCUGCAGAUGAUGAACAAGAUGAUACAAAUAAAGCUAUUGAUGGGAUGGAUGCUGAUCGGCCAAAGAAAAAGCAAAGAGGAUUUAGUUCUGAUUCUGUAAAGGCUGAUCAAAGUGUCACUAGUUCAAAAUCCAAAAGAAAAGGAAGAGUACUCAUCGAGGUUGAGAAUGAUGAAGAGAUUGCAGAUAGGCAAAAAUGGCAAUUUUGAGCUCACGCAGCAUCCAUCGACUCUGUUCAUUGUGGUAAGUUUUAAAGAAUUGACAAAAAAUACGUUUUCUUAUAUUAAUUUUGUAUUAGGGGCUUGGAUAUUGUUAGCAAGCUACCUGAGCUCCUAAGUUUUUGGGUUAUUACUAUUUAGAUUGUAGGUCAUUUAAUAAGGAAUUUUGGGUUCUUUUACUAUAUGUAAGCAGGAAAUUUCCAGGGAAUGCCUGAUGUAUUGGUUUCAGUUCAAGGUUUGAAUGGAAAAAUAAUAUUAACAUCUUUUGUUAAUUUUCAGUUUUAAAGCUAUAAUCUGACAGGGUAUUUUGCUCAAUGA